GUGAGCCGUUCCAUUCCGACGCGAGCUCACAGCAACGGUUUUGUGUCUAUUUUUGAGGAUCACUGAGAUAUCGACGAGUGUUCAAAUAUUGACCGAUGUAAUAUUAUAUUUCAAUUUAUAAUUAUUAUAUACAUGUGGUUGUAUUAUAAUAACGACCACCUUACUUCUUUUUCGAAAAAUGUCUUAUCAAGUUUCAAUAAUCAUCGCGAUUUUGACAAUCUCAGCUGGUAGCUGCGUUGUUCGUCCAAGCGCUGCCGGCGCGGAUAUAUUGGCGUUCUUCCCGUUGCCAGUUUACAGUCAUUUUUCUGGUUUCAAUCCGCUGUUCUUGGAAUUGGCGAACCGCGGUUACCGCGUGACCGUUGUCAGCCCGUUCUAUCCAAAAGGAGAUGUGCCGACCAAUUACCGACACGUACCCAUUCCAGAUGUGAAAAUCCAGAGAAUUCGCAAUCCACUGGAAAUCCGCCAUACAUAUCGGGUGACCAAUAUGAUCAACGUCAAGCAAGGUAUGAUGAAGAUGGUCACGCGGACUCUGGAGCUGAACGAGACUCGUGCGUUUCUCAACGACACUCGCUAUGCCUUCGAUCUGGUUUUGACCGAAUGCUGGUACAGCGACAUUUACCUGGCAGUAGGUCACAGAUAUUCUGCUCCGGUGGUGUGCCUGAGCCCGAUGGCUCCGUCAGUGACGCUCAGCCAAUCGCUGGGCGUGCCGGAUCAUCCCGCGUACGUGCCGUCGUUCUGGCUCCGGUACUCGGACUCCAUGUCGUUCGGCGAACGACUGUACAACGCGGCGAUCGCUGCCGCCGAGCUGAUCGUGUCUGAGGUCGCGUUCCGGUCAACGGAUCAGCAGAUGCUGGACGAUCUGUACACGUACCCCGGACACCGGAACUGCCCGCCACUAGACGCUCUCCGCCAAGCCGUUCAACUCACAUUGGUCAACGGCCACCACUCCGUGUCGUACGCCAGGCCGUAUCCGCCGAACGUGGUGCAAGUGGCCGGCAUGCACAUGCGGCCGCAGACGUCAACCACCGUUGACCGGAAAUUCAAAGCACUCCUCGACGGUGCAACCCAUGGGGCAAUUUACUUCAGUUUCGGAUCGAACAUAAAGAUGUCGGACCUGGAGGAACGUGAUGUCCAAGCAUUUGUCGAAUCGUUCAGGAAGCUCAAGCAAAUCGUGCUGUGGAAAUGGGAAAACGGCACCAUUGCUAACCUUCCCGACAAUGUGUACAUCGAUAAAUGGUUUCCACAACAAUACAUAUUGAGCCAUAAAAACUGUAAGCUGUUCAUCACUCACGGAGGAUAUCACAGUCUCGUGGAGGCCUUGCACUAUGGUUUGCCAUUGAUUGGAUUCCCGUUUUUUACCGACCAGUUCUACAACAUGAGGUUUGUCAUCGAAAACGGUUUCGGAAUAGAAAUCUUACUGGAAAACCUAAACGUAAAAAUCUUCGUCGAUGCUAUAGGAAAAAUCUUAUCUGAUAGAAGUUAUAAGAAGAACGCCCAAACAGCUUCCAAUAUAUUCUCAGACCUUCGUUCCGCAAUGGAUACCGCAGUGCAUUCGGUUGAAUACUUAAUCCGAAAUGGUGUGGCAGAUUACAAAUUGCCCACGUCCACGAGCUUGAAUCGAUAUCAAUAUUUUUUGAUCGAUGUUGUGGUUGUGAUUGGCGCUGUUGUAGCUUUAACCGCGUUAAUUUUAUAUAAAUCCAUCGGUUACUUAAGGAAAAUAAUUAAUUUAAACGACAAAAAGUCAAAAUAAAGUAAAGACACACGUACCUGCAUUAUUAUUAUAUCACAUUAUUAUUUAAUAGCACAAUAUUAUUUAAAAUAAAAUUGUGCAGUAAAUAGCUUUGAGAUGUAACGAAUUAUAUUUUUAAAUUAUUUUAAAAGUUAACACUGACGGACAGUAAGGAUUAUUAAUAAUUAUAAAAAGCAUUCCUAAAUUAGUCAAUGUUCUAGAACUGCUUUCCCAUUGCAUCAAAUAUAAUAUAUAUUAUAUAGUAGUUAGAUCUUUGGAAGUAGAUACGGAUGACAAAAAUGUUAAAAUAUAUCUAUAAUACCUACUGAUAAA